AGAGAGAGAGAGGUCGACCAUUUCGUUUUCCGUCUCUCUCGUCUCGCUCUGCAAAAGGACUGUACACACUGCACCGUACUUUCUUCUCUGUACCUGCUUCGUAUGCUUUUCUCUCUGCCUUCCCUCUUCUUCAAGAAUCAAACCAGACGCCAUUCCUUCUUCCUUCCCUCCAUUUAUUCCUCUUCAUUUCACCAUAAACCAAGAGUUUGGAGCUCUGCUUUCAAUGCUGCAUCAUCUUGCCUUCCCAAGAUUUGAGAGCAGUGAGAUUCUUGUGUUCGGGAAGCGGAAUGGGGAAAACCGGUAGCGGCGGCGAUAUGGAGAAUGACGGCGGGGUUAGGGCGGAGAUUGAUACUUCGGCGCCGUUCGAAUCGGUGAAAGAGGCGGUCAGUAGGUUUGGUGGAAGCGGCUUUUGGAAACCCUCUCACAGUCAAGGUCACAGUCACAGCCACAGUCACAGCCAGCCAUCCGAACAUGAGCAUGAUAAGGACGAGGUCGACAUUGACAUUACAAUACUGGAGAAGCAGGCAAAGAACAUGGAGAGUGAAUUGAUUGUCAAGGAAAGGGAGACCCUGGAAGUCUUAAAAGAACUCGAAGCGACCAAGAAGAUUGUGGAAGAUUUGAAACAGAAGCUGCAGAAAGAAGCAUUUGAAGUUAGUGCGACUCGGGAAGCGACGAGAGGUGAUAUGAAUGUAACUGCUGCUAAAGAAGCAGUUAACGAAAACGUCGGGCCCGACGGUCAAGGUCAGAAUGUGCAAAUAUCCCCUCCAGCACCUGGUUUAAUUCUUAUGGAACUAGAACAGGCCAAGCUAAAUCUUACUAGGACGACUGGUGAAAUUGCUGAUAUUCGAGCUUCUGUUGAAUAUUUUAACAAGAAAUUAGAGAAAGAAAGAACUGGACUCGAGAAAACUCGAGAGAGGUUAGCUCAGAAUUCGUCUAAUAUAUCUGCCCUUGAGGAAGAGCUAAACCAAACAAAACUGAAGUUACAAGUGCUAAAAGAUGCUGAGGCAAAAGGGUUUCCAGAUAACCCUCUAGAGAAUUCAAAGGAGCUGCAAGAAUUAUGUUCCGAGGCCGAAAAGUUUAAGAAAAUGAGGGAAGUAGCCACACUAGAAGUUUCAAGAACAGAAUUUGAGAUUGAACAGAACAAGGCCAUGCUAAAAACAGCUCAAGUCAAGUUGGUUGCAGCCAGGAAAAUGAAGGAAGCUGCUAGAGCAGCAGAAGCUGUUGCUCUCUCUGAUAUCAUAAUCUUGACAAAGCACGGAAAUCCAUCGAGUGAUUUUUCACUAACUCGUGGAGACGAAAGCGUAACUCUUUCGUCGGAGGAAUAUUCUACUCUUACUCUUAAAGCUUGUGAAGCUAAGGAACAAUGCAGAAAGAGAGUUACAGACAUGAUGCAACUAGUUGAAGCUGCUAACACAUCAAAAAUGGACGUCUUGAAUCAGGCAGAGAAAGCUUCUGAAGAACUCGAAACGAGUAAAAGGGUAUUGGAAGCCGCUAUGAGCAGGGUGGAUGAUGCAAAUCAGGGAAAGCUAGCAGUCGAAGAAGCGCUUCGCAAAUGGAGGUCAGAGCACGGUCAGAAACGGCGUACGGUUCAAAGCUCUACCAAGUUUAAGAAUGCUUGUCCUUCUCACUUUAAAAGAGAUUCUAGGAUACUUGAUGUGAAUGAAGUGAGCAUGGUCAGUGAUGAACCAACGCCUGUCUUGAAGCCAACUCUUUCGAUAGGACAGAUACUAAGCAGGAAGCUACUACCUCCCGACGAAUUCGAAACGCCAACUCUCCCUGAGAAAAGCUCAGUUAAGAGAAAGAUGUCACUUGGUCAGAUGCUCAGCAAACAAAGUGGUGAUGUUUCCUCCUUAAAGAAGGCUGAAAAUAGCCAGAAGCAGACAUUUGGAAAACGAAAGAAGUCGGGAUUCGCUCGGUUUACUCUGCUGUUGGCGAAACGGAGUAAAAGGAAGAAGAAAGCUGCAGUUGUUAAGAAGUAACCAGCUAGUUUAGUCUAAGUUUGAUCAAAAGAUCAUCAUCCAUAGCUGGUCUCUGAGUACUUUCUCUUGUAUCUUCUCUCCCCUUGUUAGGUCUUACUUUAGGAUGUUGUUUAUAUUUUGGAUAGUUUGUAGAUGGCUGUGCCUUAUAUAUUUUGUAUGUGUUGUUAUAUCUUGUACUUGAUCCUUAAGGAUUGUUAUUACCUCAGUGCAAAGAUCACAGCUGAAAUGCAGUUUUUAGAGUUCUUGCCAUUUCAGCUUUAGAGUUCUUGCCA